AUGGCGCAAGCGUCCCCUCAGGCGACCAGACCCGGUGCUCAAGAGCCACCCCCAAAGAAGCGGCGGUUGAGUAAAGAGCAGACACUCAGCGCUACUACAGACAGCCCAUUUCUGGUUUUGGAUCAGGUUCCGCUUGCCCGAAUAGUGGUCCAGCUGGGCUUGCCAGACCUAGACGUACUUGAUCCAACACCCUGGAUCACGAUCGCUAGGGGAGCUGUUCCUGUCUCCUUGCGUGCCGUCGAAAGCCACUCAGCUCACGAGCUGUCGCUGUCACUAGCAGUAUGCGAGAAGUUCGAGGAAAGUAUCCACAUGCGUCUUGUCUCUCCAGGUGCGCAGCGGCUGCUUCACCAUCUGGAGAGGAUUCCUGCGUUGCAAAAGCGCACAGCAAAGUCUUCACGAAGUAAGCCUGUCGUCACAGCCCAAUGUACGAUCCACCCUCCCGGAUUGCGCCGGCAGACAUUCGAGCUGGAGGCGGUGAUAUAUUGGGCAUCCGGAGUUUCAAUCGUAGAGUCGAGCGUAGCGCCCUCAGCCGCCAAGCGGGCCGAGAUUGAGGCUGACCUUGAGCUCCUGGCAAAGUAUCUGCCUAACCGACACGCGCAGGAUGCGGCAACAUGGUCGGUGCAGGAUUUUUACGAAAACGUUCACGUCCCGGCGACCGAUGCGGAAGUUUCGCCAUGGAUCCAAACGGAGUUGAUGGAGAGUAAGAUGUAUCCGUUCCAGAAGCGGGCUGUGGACUGGUUAUUGCGGCGCGAAGGUGUACGCUUCGAGGCCGCACACUUGACUCCAUUGAGGGAAAAGACACUCCUUGAAAAGCUGGCGUCUGUUUCCUUCAGCCCCGUUACUGAUGCCGAUGACCGCAAUUGCUAUGUCAGCCAUCUGCAUGGCAUGGUCCUGACGCCGGAAAGUGCCCAGCGCUAUGCACAGCCAGAUCUUCGAGGUGGUAUAUUGGCAGAAGAGAUGGGACUGGGUAAAACUGUCGAGCUGAUUGCGCUGAUGUGUCUGCAUACUCGACCGCCGGGCCCCCCACAGCUUGAGAGUUUUGAUAUUUACUCAAACGCCUGGGUGACCAAUUCCCCCGGUACGCUGAUAGUAACGCCGCCAUCGCUGAUCGAACAGUGGAAGAGCGAAAUCAAUAAUCACGCACCUCACCUCAAAGUGUUCGUAUACACUGGACUGCCCUCUGUCAAUGCUUCGCAAAAGCGACUCAAGGAGUUAUCCGUUGAAAAUCUCGUAAGAUAUGAUGUGGUCCUCACCACUUACAGCGUCUUAAGCCGGGAGAUUCACUAUGCAAAAGCUCAUCCACUGCGCACGCUGCGGCACGAGAAAGCAUACGAGCCACGUAAGAGCCCGCUGGUCGAGAUUUCUUGGUGGCGAGUAUGCCUUGACGAAGCUCAGAUGGUCGAAAGCGGAGUUAGUCAGGCUGCGACUGUUGCCCGGCUGAUACCUAGAUGCAAUGCCUGGGCCGUAUCUGGAACUCCUCUCCGGAAAGACGUCCAAGAUCUGCUUGGUCUUCUGAUAUUCCUCCGAUACGAGCCUUACUGCAGCUCGAAGAGGAUAUGGAGUCGCAUCAACAAAGGCCUGUUCAAGGAGAUCUUCAGUGAGAUUGCGCUUCGGCACAGUAAAGCUAAGAUACGGCAUGAGCUGCAGUUGCCUCCACAGAAGCGCGUAGUGAUUACUGUUCCCUUCACGGCGGUUGAGGAGCAGAACUACAGUCAUCUUCUUCAGCAAAUGUGCGACGAUCUACAGCUGAAGCUCGACGGAUCACCUGCAAGCAAUGAUUGGGACCCAACAGACCCAGUCACUAGUCAGAAGAUGAGACGCUGGCUGGUUCGACUCCGUCAGACUUGCCUGCAUCCUCAGGUUGGUGGCCGGAAUCGCAAGGCUUUAGGUCGCGGCAACGCACCGCUGCGAACGGUUGCCGAAGUGCUGGAAAUCAUGAUCGAGCAGAACGGGAAUGUUCUCCGAACGGAAGAACGGGAACAAGUACUGGCACAAGUUCUACGGGGUCACAUUGUCGCCAAUGCCAAGGAUGACGAAAGGCGCAGCGAAAAGGCGCUUGAUAUUUACGUAGACGCACUACGCCUUGCGAACAGCAUGGUCAAGGAUUGCAGGCAAGAGCUAGCACUUGAAGAGGACAAAUCAGCCGCUCUCAGCAGUAGAUUGCAGCCAGCCAAUGAGUCCGCCGAUGAGAACACCGAUGCCGAAGAACACACCGUAGAUCAAGCUGGGCGUGUUGCAAUGGCUAGGAAGGCGCUCCGCUCCGCGCUGGAAGUUCAACACAUCUGCCUUUUCUUCACCGCAACGUGCUACUACCAGAUCAGCUCCAAUGAAAAACUUACCAAUCCGGAGUCAGAGGAGUUUCACGGUUUGCAGACGCUCGAGGCAGAGUACUACGAAAGAGCGAAAGUGGUCCGGAAGGAGCUGCUGCAAGAGGUCAACGCAAGAACAGAGCGAAGAAUGCGAAAAAUCGAUUCGAGAUCCCAAACAAAGUCCUUUGCGCGGAUAAGAGAGGUGAAACGUCUGAAAGAUCUCGGCGGCAUCGAGAACCGGAAAGUCCUUGAGAAAAUGGAUGAAGUUGGAGAUACCUUGAAUGCCCAAGUGGAGCCCCUUGAUGAAUGGCGCAGUAAGGUUGUCAAGCUGCUCCUCUCGCCACUCGUUGAUCGGGAGCAGAGCCAUGAGACAACUGGUGACGAAUAUGAAGACUCAACCAAAGUACAAGACGAACUCUUCGUCUACGUAACCGCACUACGCGCUAUAGUUGCUGACCGCCAAUGCGCCAUCACUGGUCAGCCGAAUCCGCUUAUUGAUCACGAAAUGAAACUUGGACAGCAGCAAGCGAGCGAGGGUGACGGCCACGCGCCAGAACUGUUCCUGAAGAUCAUGGAAAUCCGGGACAAGCUCAAACCUCACAAGGACGAAGCGUCUUUGAGAAGCGUUCUAGCAGAGGCCCGCGGUAUACACGGUGGCCUGCAAUGGCAGAAAGAUGCAGGAAGUGGCCGAGCAGCCGCGGAGGCCGCUGUGAUCGAAAGUCAUCUCAAGGAAAUCCAGAAUAUUGUCACAGAGCAGACGAAAGUUGUAGCUGCACUGGAGAAGGAGCUAAACAUGUUCACCAUGGCGAUGAACGAAAGGGUUGAGUUUUAUCGGCAACUCCAGCAUAUUUCCGACACUGUAGCACCAUACAAGGAGGAGCUGGAUGAGCAUCUUGAUCACGUGGCUGUACAUCGCCAGCUCCUGCUCGAGGAGUGGAGAGCCGGCAAUGUCGCAAAGCUUCGAACUAAACGUCGCUUCUUGCUGCAUCUGCGGGAUGAAUCGCAGAGCGAGGAGAGCGCUCGGAUCUGCAUCAUCUGUCAGUCCGGGUUUGAACUCGGAGUUCUCACCGUCUGCGGCCACCAGUACUGCAAGGAGUGCAUACGCUUGUGGUGGAAUGAGCAUCGCACCUGCCCGAUAUGCAAACGGCGACUCCAUAAGGAAGACUUUCACGAUAUUACGUACAAGCCAAAGGAGCUGCGUGCCCACGAAGAGCAACAUGAGCCUUCAUCGCCUGAUAGGCGUCCCAUAUCGCCCUCAGCGGCGUCAUCCAUAUCGCUUUACGCCGAUAUUAGCAGCUCGACUUUGAACGAAAUCAAAGCGAUUGAUCUUACCGGUUCAUACGGAACGAAGAUCGAUUCAAUCGCCAGACAUGUCAUCUGGCUACGCCAGCACGAUCCCGGAUGUAAAUCCAUCAUCUUCUCGCAGUUCUCCGAUUUCUUAGAAGUCCUUGGCAGGGCCUUCAAGGAGUUCAAAAUCGGCUGCGCGUCUAUCUCCGACAAGCGAGGUAUAGAAACCUUCAAAAGAGACCCGCACGCCGAGUGUUUUCUGCUGGACGCCAGAACAGAUUCGUCCGGACUUAACCUCGUCAACGCUACCUACGUCUUCCUGUGCGAACCGCUGAUCAAUCCGGCCAUUGAGCUCCAGGCCAUUGCCCGUGUCCACCGUAUCGGGCAGCAGCGUCAAACGACUGUCUUUAUGUACCUGACCAGCGACACCGUCGAAGAAGCUAUCUAUGAUAUCUCCGUCUCCCGCCGCUUGGCCCAUAUUGCGCGAAGGCCAGAGCAUCAAUCCCAACCCAGUUCGGGUGUGGCCACUCCGGCACUUCAGGAGAACGCGAUCGACGCGGCAAACUCGCUGGAGAUGCAGCAGGCGCCGCUCUCCAAGCUGCUCGUUCAGAAAAAAGGCGGAGGAGAGAUCGUAGAAAAUGAGGACCUGUGGCAGUGCUUGUUCAGUAAGGCACGGGUGCAAAGGGCAGGUCCGAGUCGUGAGCUGGAGGCGGAGGUGGGUAGACAUCUGAGGGCUGAGGCGGCGGAAGGUAGGGAAGACAGCUCUAGGCUGCGAAUAACAUUUAGGAGGAACGAUCGAUGA